CGUCCACUCCCCGGAAGUGGCGUAACAACACACGCGUGGCGCCGACCGCCGCUUCCGCAAACAGAAUUGUAGAUGGCUGUGUGGAGUUAGUUCAUGAAGUUUUACUGUCUGUUUAAGUAAGCAAAAAUGGAAAAUUCUGCGAAAGCAGAGGAGUGUGGAAAGAUCUCUCUUGAAGAGGCAAAAGCAUCAGUCGAUUUGGAAACAGAAUCUUCAUUCAGUAUUAAUGAAAACACAACCACUCCUGAGACUGGCCUUUCUGAAAAGGCUUCUAUCUGUGGACAAGUAGACUCACCAAAAAAGAGAAAAAUGGAAUUUGAAGAUGAUCUUAUAAAGGAAAGUUCUAGUUGUGGGGAAGAUACUCCAACCAAGAAAAGGAAACUUGAUGCUGAAAUUGUCCCAGAGGAAAAAGGUUCUGGUGAUGAUGAAGGCAUUUCAAGGAAAAGAAGAAUGGAAACAGAUGAUUUUCCAAAAGAUGAACCUUCUACUGGAGAUAGCACACAGAAAAAGAGAAAAAUAGAACUUGAGGAUGUUCCUGAAAAGCAAAAAAAGUUAGAAGAGGGACACAGUUCAGCUGUGGCUGCCCACUAUAAUGAACUACAGGAAGUUGGUUUGGAGAAGCGUAGCCAAAGUCGUAUUUUUUACCUAAGAAACUUUAAUAAUUGGAUGAAAAGCGUCCUCAUUGGGGAAUUUUUAGAAAAGGUACGACAGAAAAAAAAACGUGAUAUCACUGUUUUGGACCUGGGAUGUGGUAAAGGUGGAGAUUUGCUCAAGUGGAAAAAGGGAAGAAUUAACAAGCUAGUUUGUACAGAUAUUGCUGAUGUUUCUGUCAAACAGUGUCAGCAGCGGUAUGAGGACAUGAAAAAUCGUUGUCGUGAUAACGAAUAUAUUUUCAGUGCAGAAUUUGUAACUGCUGAUUGUUCAAAGGAACUUUUGAUUAACAAAUUUCGUGACCCAGAAAUGUGCUUUGACAUCUGCAGUUGUCAGUUUGUCUGUCAUUAUUCAUUUGAAUCCUAUGAGCAGGCUGACAUGAUGCUCAGAAAUGCUUGUGAGAGACUGAGCCCUGGAGGUUAUUUUAUUGGUACUACUCCCAAUAGCUUUGAACUAAUAAGACGCCUUGAAGCUUCAGAAACAGAAUCAUUUGGGAAUGAGAUAUAUACUGUGAAGUUUCAGAAGAAAGGAGAUUAUCCUUUAUUUGGCUGCAAAUAUGACUUCAACUUGGAAGGUGUUGUGGAUGUCCCUGAAUUCUUGGUCUAUUUUCCAUUGCUAAAUGAAAUGGCAAAGAAGUACAACAUGAAACUAGUCUACAAAAAAACAUUUCUGGAGUUCUAUGAAGAAAAGAUUAAGAACAACGAAAAUAAAAUGCUGUUAAAACGAAUGCAGGCCCUAGAGCCAUAUCCAGCAAAUGAGAAUUCCAAACUUGCCUCUGAGAAGAUAGAUGACUAUGAACAUGCAGCAGAGUACAUGAAGAACAGUCAAGUAAGGUUACCUUUGGGAACCUUAAGUAAGUCAGAGUGGGAAGCCACAAGUAUUUACCUAGUUUUUGCAUUUGAGAAGCAGCGGUGAGCACAUACGCAGUAGUCCCAGGACAGCUGUGUCCCGUCCUGUGCAGAUUUGAAUGCUCCAUCCCUGACAACUUUCUCUUUGUUUGUCGUAAUUACUCUAAAUGUGCAGGAUGCUGCCGGAAACUCCAAUGUGUAAAUUCAACAUUUGCUGUCUGUGACAGAUGAACUUUUGUGUGUGUAUAUAAGAAUGAGUUGGGACCUUUGUCUUUAAAAAUCUAUUUUUAAGUAAUGUUCUAAGAAUUCCAUUUGCCUCACUACUCUCCUAGCGCAUAAAAAUUAUAGUAUGACUUGUUAGAUUUGCUGAACUCUUUCCACAGUGCUCUGAUUUGUUCAAUGUUCGUUUACAGUAUUAAAUUCAUUGCCCUUGUAGAAUUGCUGAAGGAGCAUACUGGUUUAUGGGGGUUUGUGCUCGUUUCUGUAGUUCUGUUAUCUAGUGUUUUUCAAGAUUAAAUGGAUUGUGUUCUGUACAAUUAAUUGAAUGUGCUCAAUAUAUAUCGCUAAAGUUGUAUGUUUAAAACAAAAUUUUAGAUGGCCACGAAAGUUUUUUACCUAGAAUUUUAGCCAGUUACUACAUUUCAUUAUAAAUACUAACUACUUUAUUUGCUAAUAUGAUCUAAUUCUGGAACUGGUUAGAAUGUUUUAUAUACCAGCAUAAAAUUGUUUCAGAUUUUAGGGGCUUUAUCUUAAGAAUUUCCUUCCAUAGCAAUUAAUGUUUCUAGUUAUCAAGAAUGUAAUUAGACAGAUUUCCCUUUCUUCAUUGAAUGAAAAUGCCGUAGUUGUUUUUCCACGACUUAAUGAAAACCUGUCCCGUGUGAACCUGUUGCACAUUUUCCUCAGAGAGAUGUAUGGAACUGCAAUAGGAGGGUUCAAGGAAGGUGAAAGGAAGCUGAAAAGCAGACUUCAGAUGAAUUCUCCCUGACGUUAGAUACAGCUUACCGGCACUAUGUGCUGUGUUCCUCCCCUUCAACCCCAAGAGAAGCGGUACCUGCUCUUGCAUUACAACAUCAUACUUUGUGCAGUAGGCUCCAGCAUCCCAUCACCGCUCAGAACUUGAAUUUGCCAUUUCAGAACUGUUGACUCUUUCCAGCCCUGGCUUCUUGCUUGACUUCUCUUCCAAAACUGACACCUAAGUGAACCCUUGUCCUUACUUUACAUUUUACUGUUUAAAAAAACUUUCCAGUAUUUAGGUGUAGUGAAACAAAGAACAAAACAGAGCAACUAUUGCAUAUUCUUCUAAAAAUCAGUUAUUUAAUGCAUGGAUUUAAAAGACAUUACUUUCUGUAAUUAUCCAGAGUACUUGUUUAAAACUUGAGGUUUCUUAAUUUGUUUAUGUAUGUUGAUUAUUCACAGUGUCAGAAUAACAGACCUUUUAGCAAGAGAACACAGGUUACCUAAUAUCUGUUUCUUGUGUGUUUGUCAAUCUCCAUACUGUUACCAGUUUAUAAAAGUUAAGUCUUUUAGCCUUAGUGGUGGUUUGCUAUAAGUCGUUUGAGGAAAUAAAUAAUAGUAUUUCUGACUAUGGUGGCUGCUGUUAGCUAACAAAGGUUUGGUAAUGGUGCUGGGAGGUGGGGAUGGUGAGCUCUUAGUGUUACAUACACACCCAGGUUUAUUUUAAUUCUGGGGGAAGUUCCAGAAAGUAUUUUAAUAGUUUGAUAGAGGAUAUGGCUUCUUUAUUAUUUCCUAUCAUCAUUUUCAUUUAAUGGUCUUGGCUAAUUUUAAGCAAGUAAUAAAACAUUUUUAGACUCUUGCCCUUUCCACCCCAUGGAUGACUUGUGGGAGAGAAGGAUCCCCUGAAGGAUGGAGUGAUUGGUGGUAAUACAAAGCAGAAAAGGAUGGUGGAGUCCCCCGGGACCUUCACUGAACGGGUAGAAAGGAGUAAAGGAAACCCAGGUGGAACGAGCCAGUGUCUUCGCUUGGAGCGAAGCAAGCUGUUGGGUGUACAGGAAGCACAUGAGCCACCCCAGAGGAUGCAGAGUUAGGGCAUUGCCCUUUGCAUGAGCUUUCUUGUUCACUUGGCCGCCUCUCUUCCUCACUCUGCUCCCUGAUGCCCUCCUGCUACAGCUAAAGGUCUGGGCAGUGACUCAAGAAGAACUUUUCAGAAAAGGUGGAUUCUGCCCAUCACCAAGGUAAAAGCUGGGAGGACACCCUCCCACCACCACACCCCACUGUCUAAAUGUUUGGGAAUUUUCCUUUCAAGAUUUAUAAUUAUUAGGGAGGGGCCAUGGCUCUUCACUAUAUCGGGUCCAUGAUGUGAAGUUGAUGAAAGUGAUUACAGGCACUCCAAUUUGUCCUCUGCGGAUGAAAGUGAAAUGAAGAUCAAACCAGCCUUUUAUGGGGAGGACACAGCCUGCAGAUUGGGAGGAUUGGUCUGGGAACAUGGCUGGAUUGUGGUAUAAACAAAGAAUGCUCACGUUGAAUUCUUUGGGCCUAGAGUACACUAAAGGAGAGGCGCCAUGUAGAUAUCAUGUUCAGGGAGACAAACUGACUAUUUCCAGCUGCAUCCAAAGGGGAGGUGUCCUAACCUGCAUGCUGCAGCUGUCUGCGGGUAAUGACUGCUCUUCCAGUGUCCACCGAGCCUCUGGUUCAGGGUGACUCCCCAAAGAAAUUUGCUUUGAAGGAGAGGAGACAUCAAUUAGAGAUCUUGACUUCUAUUAACUAAGGUGUGUAACGACUCUAAAAGGUAGAUUACCAGUACAGAGUUUCCAAGCCUACCCUGUCCCAAACCCCAAAAUUAAGGAAAUGUGAUUGCUGCCUAAACUCAUGUUAGUAGCAUUAUUAGGGCAUCAGAGGUGUGCAAAUUGAUGGGGUUUGAGCCAGCGUGCAAUGUUAGUCAACAGUGGAAAGGUAGAGAAAGCAUUGUCAGGUAUCAGAGGUCCAGAUCUCCUGUCACAUUAGCUCUUGUGGGGGGAUGUGUUCUUCAGCCUGUCUUAGCUUGAUAUGUUAUUUUGCUAAGUCUUCAAGCAUCCUAGUGAAGAUGUGGUUUCUUGUGUAGCUCUGGCAGUGCAAAUACUCUAGCUACUAAAUAUUAUUUUUCAUUAUUGAUAAACUGACUUUUUGUUGUCUACCAGGCUUUGUAUGUAUUGUGAGCCAGUUAAUUGCCAAGUCUGGGUCUUUAAGGCCAGAUCCAGGGACCAGGGUCCUAUAAUAAUAAUUCUACCAAAAUGUCUGUGGUAUUUACUGGGCCUUUGGUCAAAGAGGAAGCAUAGGUACAUGAUGUUACCACCUUCCUAUAUGCUGUUAUGUCAAAUACUACAUAACUGAGAAGUUUCUUCAUUUCUCACCCUCUGAUGGAGCAUUCCUGAUUCCUUGAAGGCAGUCAUUGCAGUGGCUCCUACACUUAUUUAUUUAGUGAUACAUGUGACUAGGCUGGGGGACAGCCAGCUCUUCUUCACCUUCUCAAUUUCUUUUCUGCUCCCAUGUAAUCCUGAAGCAUGGGCUCCUGCUCCUCACUGCAAUACUAAGCAAGUGUGGGACACUCAAAGGUACUCUUCUCAGUUUGGGGAGACUUGGGUUAGCCCAAAGCCCUCUGCUUCCUAGAUUCAUCCUGAGCCAUGCUUCCUUGGGGACAGCAUACCUUGGAUAAAGCCAGGUUGACAACAUUUAUUAAGCUGCUUAGGUCAAUUACUUUUCUAAAUCUUUCAUAUGUGUUAAUUCAUUUUGAUCCUUAGAAGUAUAUGAACUAAGCUCUGUUUUAAUAAUGGAACUGAGGCACAGAGAGAGUACAGAGUUGACCAAGACAAGUCAAGCCUGCAUUCCAAUGCCAUGUUACACACCUCGAGUAUUAUACCCAGACGACUUCUCACCCAUUCACUAUCCACAACUUGAAAUGUUAACUGGUUGGUGCUCCCACCUUUAGGUUCAAACUUUUGAUACUUAUUUUGGGGCACCUGGGUGGCUCACUGAAUUAAAUAUCUGCCUUCAGCUCAAGUGAUGGUCAUGGAGUCCUGGCAUCAAGCCCCAUGUUGGGCUCUCUGCUCAGAGGGGAGCCUGCUUCUCCUCUGCAUCCCACCCCCAACACCACUUGUGUACAUGAAUGUUCUGUCUCAAAUAAAAUCUUAAUUAAAAAAAAUACAGAACAACCUUUGAUACUUAUGUAAGUGUCCCCUGAAAGGAACAUAUAUCCUGUGUAAGAGGCCUUGGGGCAGAGAGAGCAGGAGGGCAUUUGAGUAUACUCAGGAGCCAAGGGUUAAAAAGUGAGUCAUCAAUAGGCAGGAGGGCAAAGAUAGAAUUGGACUGCACAUUGUGGUAGACCUGCUCCUUUAGCAACCAGUCUUGUAGCAAAUCUAGUUUAGUCUGCAUCUUAGGAGGUGGGGAAUGGUUCUUUUCCCACCCUCACCAUUGGGAAGUAGCAAGAGGUGGGAGCACAAGUGUGAGUACAGCCAAAUGAAGAGGCCAAGAGAGAAGCAAUCAUUUCUUUAGUCUGAGUGGAUUACCCAGGCAGAAGCUAAUCAUUUUGUAUUAACUCUGAAGUAUAACAUGCUCAGGUCUUUGGUUUUUAACAAAUAGAGUGCAAAUACAGUCAUCACUUCAAUCAACAAACUAUUACCACCACCCCAGAAGGCCCCUCAUGUUCCCUACCAGUUACUACCUCCCCAAUGGUAACCACUGUCUGACUUCUAAGAACAUAGAUUACUUUUGUCUGUUUUGGGACAUAAUAUAAAUGGAAUCAAAUAGUACGUAUUCUCUCGUAUCUGUCUUUUUCCUGUACAUUAUGUUUGUAAGGUUUUUGUUGCAUGUAUUUGUAUGUGGUUCUUUCUCGUGGCUAUAUAGUAUUCCGCUGCAUAAAUAAACCAUAUAUCUAUCACA